AUGAAACUAGAAAAUUCUUCCGUCUAUUUUUUAUUUUUCCAUCUCUCUCGACGGCUGCCUCCCAGAGCCACCCUUCACCGGCGAAAGAAACCAAAUCCAGUUUCUUCUCAAAAUUGCCCCCAAUCCAACACUUCUCUACUUAAUUUCACUACCCAGUUUGUUAUGGUUCAGCAUCAGCUAAGAGGGUCGUUUAGCAUAAUCAAUGAUUGUUCUUUUAGGGUUAGUGAAUUCGAUAUGCUUCCUGGUAGUUCUCAUGUUCAUUGGUGGGGUGCUCUUGGUGACAAUUACGAGAAUUUAACAUCUGGGUUUGUUAUAUCCGAUGAACAAUUGAACACCACAACUUACAAAAACGAUACAUUCACUGUUAACUUGAUGAAAAAUAUCACUUGGGAUCAAAUUAGGGUUGUUUCCGUUUGGGAUACUUCCAUGUCAUCCGAUUUCGGCCAUGUCUUACUGCAAAAUUCAGAAGAGUUACCUCCUGACCCAUCAAAUUCUAGCCUUGAGAUUCAUCAGGAGCCAACAAUGUUUGAAAAUUGUAAAGUGUUAUCAGAUACAUACAGAUUAAGAUGGACUUUGAGGGAAGACAAGAAUGUAAUUGAUAUCGGUUUAGAAGGUGCAAUCGGAAUCCAGAAUUACAUGGCGUUUGGGUGGACUGAACCUAACCGGGAACACGAUCAUAUGCUUAACGCUGAUGUGGCGUUCACAGGUUUUACAGAAGAGGGUGUUCCAUUUUCAGAUGAUUAUUAUAUCACCAAGUAUAGUGAAUGUAUAAAAAACGAGAAUGGUCAAUUCGAGGGCGUAUGUCCCGACUUCCGGUAUAACCAUUCCGAUUCCAAUUCCGAUUCCGAUCCCAAUUCCGAUUCCGUUAACAAUACAAAUUUAGUUUACGGUCACCGGAAAGACGGAGUCUCCUUUAUUCGGUAUCAACGUCCGUUAAAAUCCGUAGACAAAAAGUACGAUUGGGAUAUCGAUGUUAACACCGAAAGAACAUGCAUUUGGGCUUUAGGGUUGAUAAAACCACCAGAUUCCAUCCGCCCAUUUUACCUCCCCCAAAACCAUGGAAAAACAUUCGGGCACGUUCAUAUAAACGUUUCGGGCAGGGUCAACGAUUGUUUCGGGCCACUAGAUGCCGAAGAAAAAGAAGAUCAAGAACUCGUGAUUGCAAAUCAAAAAGAACCAUUAAUUGUCACUUCGGGUCCUUCUUUACAUUACCCGAAUCCACCAAAUCCUUCAAAAGUUUUGUACAUCAACAAAAAACAAACCCCUGUUUUACGGGUCGAACGUGGGGUUCUCGUAAAAUUUUCAAUCCAAGCGGGCCAUGACGUGGCAUUUUAUGUCACGUCAGAUCCGCUUGGCGGGAACGCGACGGUUAGAAACGCGUCAGAGACGGUUUAUGUCGGCGGGCCCACGGCUCAAGGAGUUCAGUCAGACCCGCAAGAAUUGUUAUGGUCACCGGACCGAAAUACCCCUGACCAAGUGUAUUAUCAAUCGGUUUUUACUCAAAAAAUGGGGUGGAAAGUUGAAGUUGUGGAUGGUGGUUUAAACGAUAUGUAUAAAAAUAGCGUUUUAUUAGACGAUCAACAAGUCAACUUCUUUUGGACAUUAUCGGAAAAAUCGAUUUCGAUAGCGGCCCGUGCGGAAAAGAAAAGCGGGUAUCUCGCGGUCGGGUUCGGGUCGGAAAUGGAGAACAGUUUCGCGUAUGUCGGAUGGAUCGAUCUAAACGGGUCGGGUCGGGUCGACACAUAUUGGAUCGAUGGAAUGAACGCUCAAAGUCUCCACCCAACAAACGAAAACUUAACCUACGUUCGAUGCAAAUCAGAAAGCGGUGUCAUUACUCUCGAAUUCACCCGCCCGUUGGAUCCAAAUUGUGACCCGAAAACCCGACCCGAAUGCAACAACAUCAUCGAACCCACCACCCCUGUGAAACUCAUCUGGGCCAUGGGGGCGAAAUGGUCCGCAGGUCAUUUAACACAAAGUAAUAUGCAUUCGGUUAAAAGUAGUAAACCGGUUCGGGUGUCGUUGAUCCGCGGGUCGGCGGAAGCCGAGGAGGAUUUACGCCCCGUGUUGGCGGUACACGGGUUUAUGAUGUUUCUCGCGUGGGGGAUUUUACUCCCGGGCGGGAUUUUAGCUGCCCGAUACACGAAACAUCUGACCGGGGACAUAUGGUUCAAGAUUCAUGUCUACUCGCAAUACUCGGGGUUAGCAAUAACAUUUCUCGGGCUACUUUUUGCAAUUGCAGAGCUUCGUGGUUUCCAUUUGGAAUCUUUACAUGUCAAAUUUGGAAUCUUGACUAUUUUAACGGGUUGUAUACAACCGGUGAACGCGUAUUUUAGACCGAAAAAACCCGUAAACGAAAACCCGUCAUCGAAAAGGGCGAUUUGGGAAUUUGUUCACUCGUACACGGGCCGAUCCGCGAUUGUAAUGGGGAUUGCUGCUCUUAUUAGUGGAAUGAAGCAAUUAGGAAACCGAUAUGAUGACAAAAACACAAUCGGGUUAACAUGGGCUUUGAUUAUCUGGGUCGGGUUAUGCGGUUUGACCGUUUUGUAUUUGGAAUACGUGGAGCAAAAGCGGAGACGGGAAUCGGAAUCGGGAUUGGGUGGGAAUUGGGUUUUGGGUAAUGGGGAAGAUGAGGAUGCCGAUCUUUUGGGGAAUGGGAAUGGGAAUCACAGGGAGAAGGAAUCGGAAUCCGAAAGAAUGGAGAUCCAGCUGGAACCUGUGUCGGGGAGGUACACGGUUAUUUGA